UAUACACGCGACGUAGUAUCUACACGACACUCCCUGACCAGAAAAGAGCUGUGAACUAUGGCUCUCAGCAGGAGCCCUGCGCUGUUCCGAGACCAUCGCUAUGUCUGUCGCUCAAAGCGCGCUAGAUACACUACCUGAAGCACAUGAUGCGCCUCCAAAGCUUCCCAUCAAGGAUCUACUCAUUCUGGCAAGCGUUCGUUUUGCAGAGCCAGUUUCCUUCACUAGUGUCAAUCCGUACAUCUUCUUCUUCAUCCUGUCAUUUGGUAUUGCUGAAGCGGAUGUCGGCUUCUAUGCAGGCUUGAUCUUUGCUACCUUUCCGCUUGCAGAGUUCGCCACAUCCUUAUUUUGGGUACGCUUGUCUGAUCGCAUUGGUCGACGGAAAGUCAUUCUCAUCUGUCUUGCUGGAUGUAUCCUACCAACACUAUUGUUUGGCUUCAGCAGAUCUGUGGGCGAGGCAAUGCUAUGGCGAACCUUGACGGGUCUCAUCAAUGGCAAUUCACCUGUCAUCGCAACGGCCUGCGCAGAGCUCGUCACGUAUAAACCACAUCAAGCACUGGCAUUCAGCGUCAUGCCCGUGACGUGGACACUGGGCUCUAUUAUUGGUCCCAUGCUGGGAGGUUCCCUAAGUGACCCUGUCCAGCAGUACCCAGCGUGGUUCAAAUCAGAUACGCCACUACGACAAUUCUUGCUCAAGUUUAGGUUCUCCCUACCGGGGAUCGUUUGCGCUUCAUUAUUCUUGGUUACACUGAUUGUGGCAGUCGUUGGACUCAAGGAGCCGCCUGCUGCUGUGCGACCACUCAGUCAGGCCGAAGAACCCAGCGAACGAACGCGACUUUUGUCGAGGCCAUCAGAUGAAGACAACAGCAACAACAAUGGUCGUCCAGAGACAACUGCAAGCGACUCAGAAAAGGCGCCUCUCACACUCUGGCAGGAAGCUAAAUACCUUACUCCAUGCAUCUACACGAACCUCGGCUUGUCUGCACUCGUGUGCUUUGUCACCAUGAGCACUGACCAAGUCUUCCCUCUACUCGCAUCUACUUCGCGCGAACUAGGUGGUCUUGCACUUGCCUCGCCGCAGGUAGGUACCAUCUACACAGGCACCAGCGUUGCUUGCAUCCUUGGACAGUUGCUGUUUCACGUGGUCCAUCGCAACAUUGGCAGUCGUGGUUGUUUGCGAGUUUCUAGUACCUUUUGUCUAAUCACUUGUUUGACAUUCCCGAAUAUGGUAAACUUGGCGUACCUGAUUGACAAAGGCAAGCCGGAGACAAGUACAGCGAGGCAGCAGAAUGCGAUACUCUGUCUAGCCAUGUUGUGUCUCGUUACACAACGCAUCGCUGGAAUUCUUGCUUUUCCGUCAUUAGUCAUCCUUCUCACCAAUGCCGUACCAUCUGUGUCGGUACCGCAGAGCGAUGGUGACCAUGCAGGCGCGCCUGUUCGAUCAUUACUCGGUACAGUCAAUGGUUUGUCACAAGCGACGAAUUGUGCAUUUCGAGGGAUUGGACCAUUGAUGAUGGGUCCGUUUUGGGCAUGGAGUAUCAGGUCGCAGCAUCGCUGGGUGUUUUGGACCUUCAUAGCAGGCUUGGGCUGCUCCAUCUGGGUGAUUACGCGCAUAGGCAAGCUUGAGGAAGAGGAAGGAGAGACGUAAGGCAAAAAAGAAGAUCAUUUACUCUACAAGGGUUAUAUAGACGAAGGCAUAGAAAGCGUUUCUAUUCUUUUUCCUGCUACCAAGCCAGUGCUUUACUGUCCUCCACGAAGACGCAACACCAAGUGCAAUGUUGACUCCUUCUGAAUGUUGUAGUCGGCCAAAGUGCGACCAUCCUCAAGCUGCUUUCCAGCAAAGAUGAGACGCUGCUGGUCAGGUGGAAUACCUUCCUUGUCUUGAAUCUUGCUCUUGACGUUGUCAAUGGUGUCUGAUGACUCUACCUCGAGUGUGAUGGUCUUUCCAGUCAGAGUCUUGACGAAAAUUUGCAUACCACCGCGGAGACGGAG